CACCCUCGUCCUCCACAAUCUCCCCUCAUCUCUUUUUUUUUCUCUCUCCUCUCUCUCUUUUUUUUUUGCCCUUUCUAGGGUUUUUUUUUCCGCUUUCAUUAAAAAUUGAAUCUUUUUGCGUUUUCGUUGCGAUUUGUGAGCUUGGAUCUAUCGGAUCUUUGGACUUGCACUCAUGCCGGCCCUCGUCAACUUUGGAGGAGAUGAUGAUAUCAGGCCAAGAGGGCCGCUCUAUUGCCAACCUCGCAAGAGGUCUCGGUACAGCUCUCCUUUCCGCCGACCCCAGAAGAAGCAACACCAAGAACCCUCCUCGCUCGACUCCCUCCCCGAUGAGUGCCUCUAUGAGAUCCUCCGCCGUCUCCCUGGCUCUAAGCGCUGGCUGAUGCUUCUGAGCAGCAUCCGAGCCUCCGAGCUCUCUUUCAACAACAUCGUAUCCCUAGAAUCUUCGAAGAAACCCUUGCCCGAUUUGAACUUGGAAGGUGACGGUGAUGAGGAAGAAAUUGAGAGUUUUGGGUGCUUGACAAGGUGCUUGGAGGAGAAGGAGGUGACUGAUGUUAGACUUUCAGCGAUCGCAGUUGGUACCGCUGGCCGUGGUGGCCUUGGAAAGCUUUCCAUCAGAGGAAGCCACCCGAUUCGGGGGCUCACAGACCUUGGACUGUCUGCUGUUGGUCGUUGCUGCCCUUCACUCAGUGUGCUGUCAUUGUGGAAGGUUCCUUAUGUUACCGAUGCUGGACUAGCUGAGCUUGCUAAUGGGUGUCCUAUGCUAGAGAAGCUUGAUCUUUCUGAUUGCCCAUUGGUCACCGGAAAGGGUUUGAUGGCUGUUGCCAAGAGAUGCCCUAAUUUGAUGUCUGUGACAAUUGAUUCUUGUGUUGGUAUUGGAAACGAGGGUCUCCAGACUAUCGGUCGCUUUUGCCCUAAGCUUCAGUCUGUUUCCAUUAAAGGCUGCCCUCUUAUUAAUGACCAGGGGAUUGCCGGAAUGAUGUGCUCCGCUUCUUCUUCACUGGCUAAGCUUAAGCUUCAGAACUUGAAUGUCAGUGACUUGGCUCUUGCUUGCAUCGGUCACUAUGGGAAGGCUAUAACUGAGCUGUAUCUUACCGGUCUUCAGAACGUUGCAGAGAGGGGUUUCUGGUGUAUGGGUAACGCCAAGGGCUUGCUGAAGCUGAAAUCUAUUGCAAUAACCUCUUGCCGUGGAGUCACUGAUACCGGCCUUGAAGCUGUUGCAAAGGGUUGCCCGAGUCUGAAGCAGCUCUGCCUUCGCAAGUGUUGCUAUCUCUCUGAUGCUGGCUUGAAGGCUUUUAUUGAGGCUGCAAGAUCGCUGGAGCACUUGCAGCUUGAAGAGUGCUACAGGAUUACCCUUGUCGGUGUUCUUACUGGUGUUGUCAAUGGCAAUACUAAGCUCAAGACACUCUCUUUGGUUAGGUGUUUGGGGAUCAAAGACAUUGGAUGUUACCCAAAUGUUCUUCCUUCAUGCAAGUCUCUUAGGUCUUUAACUAUCCGUGACUGCCCGGGAUUCACUAGCGCAAGCUUGGCUGUUGUUGGGAAGAUCUGCCCGAGUUUGAUUAACUUGGACCUUGGCGGUCUUGAUGGCGUGACCGACGCUGGGCUUCUUCCAUUGAUUGAGAGCUCCGAGGAGGGAUUGAUCAACGUCAAUCUCAGGGGCUGCGUCAAUCUGACCGAUUCAGCUGUUUGUGCUCUCGUGAAAGCCCACGGCGACACUCUUCAAUUGCUUAAUCUUGAUGGCUGCAACAAGCUUACAGAUCGGGUUCUUUUAGCGAUUUCUGAGCACUGCACUAUGCUUGAGGAGCUUGAUAUGUCAAGGGCUGAUAUUACUGAUUACGGUGUUGCCCUUUUGGCAUCAGCAAGGCAUCUUAGCCUGAGGAUUCUCUCUGUUGCAGGUUGUUCAAAGGUGACACCCCGGAGCCUUCCAUUCUUCGGUAACAUGGGACCUACCUUGGUUGGUCUCAACCUUCAGCACUGCAGUCUAAUCGCUGCUCAUGGCAUCACGUCACUCGAGGAGAGGAUGUGGUGGUGUGAUAUCCUCUCUUAAUCUGAUGGAAGAAGAAGCAGCUACGGUGCUGGAGUGAUUAGCAGUAGCACCGGUUGAAAGAUAGUAUCGUGGAGUUAUUUAUUUAGUUUUUGGCUCGUCUUGGGAGUGGGCUUUGGAUCUUUCAGUCCAGGACACCGGCUAGUUUUUCAAGAAACCUUGGCCCUUUUUUGCAGACUUCUCCAAUUAGAGGAGAUCUGUUAUCGAGUUUUUGCUUUGCCAUUGAUUGGUAAAGCUCCCUUCUCGCUUUGGCCAAGGGUUCUCGAGAUUACAGCAUGCCUAGUCCUGGAUCAUAGCAGUUUAUUUUUAAGUUGAUGGUCUGUUUGGUUUUUCUUAUGGAGCUCGGUUGAUGUAUGGCCAGAGAAAUCAAUGCAUUUUUGGUUUCUCUGGUGUUUUAGCGGGGGCUCGUAUUGUCUGUUGUUGUCGAGUCUUGUAUCCAGUUUGGCGUCGGUGAUGUUUAGUGUCCGAGUCUGUUGAGGUUGCUUUUGCGCAGUUCCUUUUUGAUGCCGGAGAGUUGCAGGGUUUUGGUUAUGGCGGCAGAUUUUGUGCUUGCCAUGAUAGCCGUUGAGGCUGUUUUUUUUCACCAAAGCCCUGCUUUUACUGGCUGAAGUUACGGCACUGUAAUCUUUGUGACCUUUUCUAAAUAUUAGUGAAAUAAGUCCUUUGUUGUUGUGUA